CGGUCAAUCGCAGCUUUCAGCGUGCUUUGGUUAGUUUUCAUCGGGCUGUUCGCGGAAGGAAAGCCGAGGUGGAGGGUCUUCUUCAGCGCCGUCCUGCUUGCAUCCACAGCGGCAGCGCUUAGCGGCGAUCACCGUGUUCGGCUGGCCUGGAUAUUGCGAUUGCUCCGCUAAUUCAGUGGAGGAUCAGCAUCCGUCCUGCUGUGCUGUGUUCACAGCCUCACAGGCACAGGGCUUACCUGACCUCUGACACCUGUGAACGAGCAGCUCUUUGAUUAUCAGCUACAUUGUAGGCAGUAUUUGAAGUGUCCCGUUAGUCUGAGGAUACAGCCCGUACGAAGACAGCAGGGAUGGCUCUGGAGCAGCUGAGUGAGGUGGUCCAAAGAUGCCAGGCACUCGCAGACGACAGCUACACCACCGAGGAUCACGACAUCUUCACGAUUGCUGGGCGGACGUGCAUCGAGGAGGGAAACAGUGUGCAGGUUCUCAGUAUUGUGUUGGAUGAAAAGAAUCAGGACAUGGUGAGAUGCAUGGGUUGGAACCUGCUGCCUCCACUGAUCCAGGUCCUGCUGAAGAAAGAAGACAAGAACCUUCCUCAAUGUCUGGCCAUUUUUAACCACCUGCUGGAGACCUGCAGACCCAAAGAGCUGCUGAUUGGCCUUUUGGAGCUACUGGAGCAGGAUGCUCCUGAUAUGAUAGCAGAGAGUCUCCACCUGCUGUUGAAGCCUCUACAGAAAGUGCUGCUGGGCCUGGGCAGCCGUAAGGCGUCAUCCUUGGGCAUGGUGCUGUCCUCCGUGCUGGACCAGGUGGCCAAACUGCCUCUCCCUCACACCAAGGAGCAAGAGGAGGACGACGUAUUUUCAUUUUGCCGUUGCUGCAUUGACAUGAUAGAUUUCGUCAGGCCUUUUGUUCAAGAAGUCGGGCAUAACCUGCUGAAUAAUAAGAUGCAGAAUGAGACCACAAAAAAGACUGUGGGCAGGCAGGAGAAGGAUAAAGAAGAUGAGCUGCAGACAGAACUUCUGAAGUUCUGUAUGAAAUGUCUGAGUCAUCCUCUGUUGGAGGUACAACUCAAGGAUCCUGACACGCUGGCUCUCUCCCCCCUCCGGACUUUUGCCUCUGAGAUUUUGAACAUCCUCAGUUCUAUUGGGGAGUCCCUCUCCGGGCUCGUGCACCGGCCUCUCUUGAAGAGAAAACAGGUUCCCGGCUUUCUCGAGGAGGAGGUGCGUUAUCCUAAAGAGUCUUUGGCCAGCUUGGCUCAUCUGGUGUUUGUCCAUCAUCUGGCUGCAAACACUUUUCCCACUGUUUUCAGUCCAGUGUUCAGUCUUCGAUGUAACAUAGAGCACGCCUCUCUCCUCCUGUCCAGAAAUGAGGAGUCCAAGCUUCAGAAAGGACUGGAGCUGUAUGAGAAAAGUUUGGUGCGGGUGGAAGACAGCAGUCUGCCUGCAGAUCUGCUGGAGAUCAAAGCCUUCCUCGCAGUCCCUCAGAACUUAAUUAAGGUCAUGACGAUAUGUCCAAAGCAUGAAUUGAGAACUAAAGGACUGAAGGUUUUCCAGCUGAGCAUUGAUAAGUUUAACACCAAAGCCAAGUACAGAUUCUUCCAGUACAUGUUGAAGACGAGUAAUCACUCAGGAGUUGAAGGCUACAUCAUUAAAAACAUCAAGAAUCAGAUAGACAUUGCCCUGCAGCCGGGUAACAGUAACGCCUGGUUUGAAGGGGUUCAACUCCUGCCUCUGCUGCGUAAGGUUCUUAGUCUUCCAGAUGGCCCAGAGACUGACCUCCUGCAGUACCUGGACAGAGUCAUGGAGUCUCUAAACCUGCUGCGUUACCUGGUCAUCAGAGACAAAGUGACAGAGAACCAGACCGGCAUCUGGACAGAACUGUAUAAAAUAGAAGAUACGUUCAUGAAGCCCCUGCGUGUUGGGCUGAACAUGUCCAGAGCCCACUAUGAGAGGGAGCUGCAGAGCACAAUGGAGACCAAGAAGAGCAAAGCCAAAGAGUCUGUAAUUUCUGUGUCUGUUGGUGACGAGAAGCUGCCGAACAUGACACCAGAGUCACAGGUUCAGGCUCUGCACUCAGCCCUGCACACGUUUGACAUGAUAGAGAGCGUGUUGGUGCGGAUAGAGGAACUCAUCGAGGUGAAAGACAGUCUAUAACCUGACUGCAGCUGCCAGAGAUCCGCAUCAUCUCAGGGCCUAACAAACAAACUUAUUUGUUGCAAAAGAACAUGGUUAUAUCAUUUCAGUGGACAAACUCUGCACUGACCGUCUUUGUUUUACAGUCUAACUCUAAGUUGUUGAAUACAUUGUUUAUUAAAGGUAGAAAUGACACAAGUUUGCAUCAGCUCUGUGAUACACUUUUGUACACACAGGUUAAAUCAAGUGUUUUCAUUCCUGAUGUAAGUGUAGUAUUUUCUAAGUAAAAAGAGAGUUUUGGUUUGA